UUAUGGAACAGUUCAAUCCAGGCCUGAGGAAUUUAAUAAAUCUGGGGAAGAAUUAUGAAAAAGCUGUUAAUGCUAUGGUAGUGGCUGGAAGAGCAUAUUAUGAUAGCCUUGCAAAGAUUGGGGAUAUAUCAGCUGCUUCUCCAGUUUCUAAAGAACUAGGCCAAGUUCUCGUAGAAAUUUCAAGAACACACAAGAAACUUAAUGAUAGUCUAGAGGAGAGUUUCAAAAAAUUUCAUAAAGAAAUUAUAUCUGAACUGGAGAAGAAAACAGACCUGGAUGUAAAAUAUAUGACGGCAACUUUAAAGAGGUACCAAACUGAACACAGAAGCAAAUUAGAUUCUUUAGAGAAGUCUCAGGCUGAGCUGAAAAAAAUCAGAAGGAAAAGCCAAGGAGCACGAAAUGUAAUGAAAUAUGAGCAUAAAGAAAUGGAGUAUUUGGAAACUGUGAGCUCUCGACAGAGUGAUAUUCAGCGAUUUAUUGCAGAAGGCUGCAGAGAAGCUCUCCUUGAAGAAAAAAGAAGGUUCUGUUUCCUGGUUGACAAGCACUGCAGCUUUACCCAGCACAUGCACUUCUAUCACAUUCAGUGUGCGGACUUCCUAAAAUCUAAGCUGCCUGGGUGGCAGGAAAUCUGUAGUGAUGCCACCAAAGUGCCUGAAAAAGUCAGAAUGAUGAUAGACGAAAUAAGGACACCUGGUUCCACUCCAAUAUCAGGAACUCCACAGCCUUCGCCAAUGAUAGAGAGAAAUACCAUGAUUGGAAAUGAUUUUUAUCCUCAUCAUGAGAAUGCAUCAAAGGUGCCCCCUGCUCCUACAGGUAGGGCGUACACCAGUCCGCUAGUUGAUAUGUUUAACCAUCCUGCAGCAGCUCCAAAGACAUCUUCAGAAAAACUAAAUAAUUCAGAGAAUUCAGAUGAUGCCAGUUUAUCACGUUCCACAUCUGUUGCCACGGGACUAAAUAUAAUGAAAAGGCAAAAAGUAAAGACAAUCUUCCCACAUACUGCUGGAAGUAACAAGACUUUGCUUAGCUUUGCACAGGGUGAUAUCAUCACGCUUCUUGUGGCUGAAGAAAAGGAUGGCUGGCUUUACGGGGAGCAUGACUCAACUAAAGUAAAAGGAUGGUUUCCAUCAUCGUACACUAGACCACUAGAAGAACCAGCGGAAGAGAAGGCGUUUGUCCCAGUGCCAAGCCCUGCACCAAUCCGAAGUAUUAGUUCUGUAAAUCUUGUGGAAAAAGGCGAUGUUGUCCUCCCACCACCAGACUACCUGGGGUCUUUGCAAACAGAUAAAAGAGUAGAGACUUCCAAAGGUACUAACGUUAAAACACCAACGGACAGAGCAGAAAAUGCAGGUCCGAAACCUGGCAUGAAUGGCAUUAUAAAACCACCUUUUCUAAGUGGAGAAAAUCCUUUUGCAACCGUGAAACUCAGACCAACAGUAACAAAUGACAGAUCAGCACCAAUUAUUCGAUGA